AGGUACAGGAAAUCUUACAUUCAGGUCUGUGAGGACUCGUGAGUCAGGAUGAGCUCCACCGAGGUAGAAUAUAUGGUGCUGAGCCUGGAACACCUGGACGAAGUCUCCGACCUUCUUGUAAAUCAUUUCUAUACGCGAGACAUUAUAACUUCAGGGCUGCGUUUUAGCCCAGAAAAUAGGCUGACUCUCGACCUUCCUCACAUCCGGAAAUGCUUGGCAUCUGGACUUUCAUUGGGCGCUAGAGAAAAAUCCACACAGCGGCUGGUUGGAGUAAUUCUGAACCUCAUUUUCACUGCUGACUCUCCACCGAAGCCAACUUUAAAAAAUAACAACACUGAAGCAGAGAUGAUGGAAUCACGUUUCUGUAAGAUUGCGGCCAUAAUGACGAACAAAAUCGAUUGUCCAGAGGACGGCAGAGUUCUGUACUCUUCUCGAGCCUGUGCCCACUCAGACUUUGGUCGUCGAGGUAUUUUAAUGAAACUUGGAGAGAUGCUUGUCACCAUCGCUAGCAUCCAGGGAUUCCAAAUGAUCACUACAGUUGUUACCAACCCAUUCGCCGAGGAAGUUCUUCUUCGUCUGGGUUGUAAGGUCCAAACCACAUUUGACUUCCACACCCUGGAAGAAGGUCUGCUUGACGUGUCCCGCAUGGAUCAAAAGCAGUUCAAAAUAAUGACUAAAUACCUAUCACCAACAACACCAAAAUCACAGUUAUAACCAGGAAAUAAUGAAAGUUUGUUCUAUGACUGUUAUUUUGUUUUUUGUAAUGCUUUCCUAGGACAGUCAAAUUUUGUUUGAAUGAAUAUUAUGCAACUCUUAACACAUGUUGAAAAACACACAAACACAUACAAAACGUUGUUGAAACCUUCACUAAUGUUUCUACAGGGUCGUGGGAAAGAAAAGUUGCAAGUAUGGAUAAACAGGCACGUGAGCAACAUUUAACCCAAGAAUGGUAAAAGUAUUUCUUUAUGUAAUUUGGCAAAUUCUAUUUUAACAAUACUUUCUCCUUUAUAUUAAAAAAAAGUUUUUUUCAUUUUUAAAUAUGAUCAUUUUGAGACAUAAAAUAAUAUUAAUUAUAAAUGUUGUGUCUGAAUUGGAUGAAAGGUGGGCAAAACAUUUAGUUUCUAAUUGUUUAUUUAUUUUGUAAUAUGAUUUUGCUUAAAAUUGUUUUUUAAAACUAUUUGCUAACUUAUAUAUUAAAUAAUAAAGUUUUCAUAUUUUUUUUUUUAAUUUAUAAAUUGUAUUUAUGUACUUCAUUUAAAACAUUAACAUUAAUUAUAAAUGUUGUUUCAUAGGUGCAUGAAGCAAAUAAGCAGCAUUUAAUCUAACUUUUUAUUGGAAUAAAAAAUUUAAGUGCAUCAAAAA